UGUAAAUAAACUUUUCUUCUGCUUUGUAACUGAGUGAUUACUACUUUUCAUUAUUGGGUAGUAAAAGGCACAGCGGUAAAAAAGCCGUUUACACAAAAUAUAUUUGCUAUUGGUUCUUGUUUUUGUAUUGCUACAAUAACUAAUCAAAUUAUUCGCUUUGAAAAAAUAACUGUUAAAAUCGAACCGCACUCUUCAAAAUUUGCACUAAGAAUAAGGAACAAGGUUCAUCAUUAUCUGUUAAUUAGUGAACAUUUGAACAACUUGUCUGAUGUUCUUGGCUGCAUCUGAAGAAUACUUCGAAGAAUGGCGCCCACUUAUAGCAGAAAUCGCACACCAGCUCGACCAACGGAUACGUUUACAUUCCAUAUCGGGUUUACAUAGAGAUCUCGAACAGUUUUCAGACGUGAUGUCGCUCCUACGAUUACUUUACCUCGACAACAAAAGAAUGUGUAAGCACUUCGGUUCCUCUAUCAUUCGCAGAGUUUUCAUCCGACUGAUGGAGGUGCUUUUUCUACUGAGAAAUUACGGAUAUUCCGUAGAUAUCCACGGGCCGUUUUCACGGCACAUGGUUUCUAAAUACGGUCUUCCGCCUUCAAAUCAAUAUUAUAUUAUUGCUAGAAUCUGUGCACGGCACGACCCAGAUCACUUAAAAUUCUUGAUCAGUGACGUUGCCGAAGACGAUGAAGAGAGAGCUAAUGCGUUAGUCCUCUCCGAUUGUCUGGAUGCUAUGAUAAAGUGGAACCAUCAACUUAACACCAGCGAUAAGGAAAAAUUGUUUGGUGAGAUAGCUUAUCAACUCGAUAGUCGCAUUCUUAAACUCGUUACGGACAGGGUCCUAACAAGAUAUACUGCGUCGGUACAAGAUUUUCUUGAUGUUUUACUACAGAACUGCAACUAUUUGAUAGAAAACAACACGUCCAAAAGCAUAAUGACCAGACAACAAGUUCUCCGCAUUCUAAGACGUUUUCUUCGGGUAUUCCUCUAUUUGCAUAAGCAUGGAUACAUCUUUGAGGAACAUGCCACUUUCUCAAAGAACAUAAUUCAGCGCUUUGGUCGAAAAGGUGAUUCAAACUAUUGCUCUAUGCUGAAUUGGUGCACCGAAGAAGAUUCUACAAUAAUACGAAGCCUCCUCUUCGAUUUAGCCGAAAAUGAAAAUGAAGCACGCAACAUCAACGUUUUAUUUGACUGCCUAAAAUCACUCGCAGAAGUUUAUGAUUGUUUAGUUUUCAGCUACGGAUAAAUUUAUUCUGAGAAAUAUACAUUUUGGAAUGUUGCCAUUUGUCAGUGUGUACGCAUGCAUGCUUUAAGCAUACAUGUGUAUGCAUGAAUACAAAUGUGUGUGUAUAUGUUAAUUUGUUGUGUGUGUGUGUGUGUGUGUGUGUGUGUGAAUCUCACAUGUCAACUUCGAUAUGAAUAUUUGUAUCAACUUCCAUGUAUAUUUAUAUCGAUAGCUAUUGUCAUCAUUAUGUGUAUACAUAUAUAUAUAUACUUAUAUUGUAUUAUC